AUGCAGCGUAUACGCAAGUUCUCCGCUCUAGCCGCCAUCUGCAACAUCAUCAGCAUCGUUCUCUUGACAGUGAGCCUCGCAACAGUUGACUGGAUUUCAGGCGACUUCGUAGGACUACUUGGGGCCGACCGUGGACAUGUGUCGUUUGGCCUAUUCAAAGUGACAUACUUAAUCACAGCGAGACAGCAAGAAGAAACUGGGACAGCAAGCGUAUCGUCAUUCUAUGACGGCGUGUUCACCAGUGGAAUCUACUAUGGCUGUGUCACGUUCAUCUUCCUUUCACUCGGAACUAUCGUCCUGGCGUUCAUUCUUGCUGUUCUCAACAUGUGUUCGUGGUCGAAACACAAGAUUACGGGACCUAUUGCUAUGAUGGUUGUCAACAUAGUAGCAAUUAUAUUCGGUGCCAUCGGUGACGGCCUCUUUGCUCAUCUCUACCUCAACGACAUGGACAACCUCCUCUCACUCGAGCUCCAAGAAAAUGUCUUGUACACAAGCUACAAAACUGUAAACACGACCAUCGGCUACUCGUAUUGGCUACUCAUAGGUGCCACCAUCGUCUUAUGGGGAGCGGUAAUUCUAAGUCCGUUAGAGAAACGGAGCGACCGCACAAGCAUCCAGAAAGCGUAUCUUUCUCACGUCACAAACACAGUCUUCCUGCCAAACUCUCCGUAUAACAGCAAAGGAGACGUCAUGAUGUUUUAGAGAGCAAACACGAUCCACACCCGCCCGCCCACCACUGCUGUCAUUUGCACUGAUGAGAGCAAUCGCUCAAGCACGACAAUUGUAAAUGGAGUAUUCUAGUGUGAUUGUGUGGUAAUCUAUAGUAUUUAUUGAACGGCAACGGUGUGUUCUUCACUGUUGCUUGUAUGUCUAUUCUCUUGUUUAGUACACAAUAAAUCAGUCUAUCAGCA